UGUUUUUAUAGAUUAUGCCAUCGGUUAUUUUCCCUUCUGUGAAGAUUUAAAGGAAAACAGAUUCUAUGUAUUCUUUUGGCCCUUUGAUUGGAAAUGUUACAAACUUGAGAUAGAGCGGCACGGGACACUUUAGGAUUUUCAUAAACUUUGGAGCCAGAUGUCACCACCUGGGUUUGACACUAACUGAAAUUGAUGGUCAGGGUCUUUUACACUCCUGUUGUUUAAAGAUAUCCUGCUGGUGCUUCCAGGCAAAGCCUUGGGGACGACAGCCAUGGUACCUGUUCCCUACGAGAAGAUGCUGACGGACCAGGAGGCGAUGGUGGUUCAAGGGCUCCCAGAAGGGGUCCCCUUCCAACACCCUGAGAACUAUGACCUUGCAACGCUGAAGUGGAUUUUGGAGAACAAAGCGGGGAUUUCAUUCCUCAUCAACAGACCUUUCCCGGGUCCAGUGAAUCAGCCAGGUGGGCCUGGGCUGGCAACCAACACCGAUAGGUCAGUGACAUCACCAAGUGAAAGCUGCGCCCCCAUCCGUGUGAAGACCGAACCCAUGGAAGAUUCUGGUAUUUCACUGGAAGCGGCAGUUGUGUCAGUCAAGAAAGAAUCAGAAGAUCCUAAUUACGAUGAAUAUGGUAUGCAAGAGAGCCGUCGUCCUUCUGCAGGCACUGAAUUAAUAGAAAUGGAAUUACCAAUGGAAGAUUCUACUCAACUUGUCCCUUCAGAAAUGAGUGAGGACUCUGAAGCUGAGGUGAAAAUUGAAGGAAACACCAGUUCACCCAAUAUUACUAAUUCUGCAGCAGGUGUUGAAGAUCUUAACAUCGUUCAGGUGACAGUUCCAGAUAAUGAGAAGGAAAGAUUAUCAAGCCUUGAAAAAAUAAAACAACUAAGAGAACAAGUCAAUGACCUUUUUAGCCGAAAAUUUGGUGAAGCCAUUGGAGUGGAUUUCCCUGUGAAAGUUCCCUACAGGAAGAUCACCUUCAACCCUGGCUGCGUGGUGAUCGAUGGCAUGCCCCCGGGGGUGGUCUUCAAAGCCCCCGGCUACCUAGAAAUCAGCUCCAUGAGAAGAAUCCUGGAUGCUGCAGAGUUUAUCAAAUUCACAGUCAUCAGACCACUUCCAGGUCUCGAGCUCAGCAAUGUGGGAAAAAGGAAGAUAGAUCAAGAGGGCCGUGUAUUUCAAGAAAAGUGGGAGCGAGCUUAUUUCUUCGUGGAAGUGCAGAAUAUCCCUACCUGUUUAAUAUGCAAACAGAGCAUGUCGGUAUCCAAAGAGUACAACCUGAGACGCCAUUAUCAAACCAACCACAGCAAGCACUAUGACCAGUACACCGAGAAGAUGCGCGAUGAGAAGCUCCGGGAGCUCAAGGAAGGACUCAGAAAGUAUCUCCUAGGGUCAUCAGACAUCGUGUGUCCCGAGCAAAAACAAGCGUUUGCCAAGGUGAGUCCAAGGGGAAAUGCUGCUGUCCAGCCCGUGGAAGACGUGGCUGGGAACCUGUGGGAGAAGUUACGUGAAAAAAUCAGAUCUUUUGUGGCUUAUUCCAUUGCCAUCGAUGAGAUCACAGAUAUAAACAACACCACCCAGUUAGCCAUCUUCAUCCGGGGAGUCGAUGAGAAUUUUGAUGUGUCAGAAGAACUUUUAGAUACGGUGCCCAUGACGGGUACGAAGUCUGGAAACGAGAUCUUUCUGCGUGUUGAGAAAAGCCUGAAAAAGUUUAAUAUCGACUGGUCGAAACUAGUCAGCGUAGCCUCCACCGGCACCCCUGCCAUGGUCGACGCCAACGACGGGCUGGUCACGAAGCUCAAGUCCAAGGUGGCGACGGUUUGCAAGGGCUCCGACCUGAAGUCCGUGUGUUGCAUCAUCCACCCGGAGUCGCUCUGUGCUCAGAAGUUAAAGAUGGACCACAUCAUGAGUGUGGUAGUUAAUGCCGUGAACUGGAUCUGCUCCCGCGGACUGAACCACAGCGAGUUCACGACUUUGCUCUAUGAGCUGGACUGCCAAUACGGCAGCCUUCUGUACUACACGGAGAUUAAGUGGCUCAGCCGUGGGCUGGUGCUGAAGAGGUUCUUUGAAUCCUUGGAAGAGAUUGACUCCUUCAUGUCCUCCAGGGGCAAGCCCCUGCCUCAGCUGAGCUCUCAAGAUUGGAUCAAAGACUUGGCCUUCUUGGUGGACAUGACCAUGCACCUGAACACGUUGAACAUCUCCCUGCAAGGGCAUUCCCAAAUCGUGACUCAGAUGUACGACUUGAUUCGGGCCUUCUUGGCCAAACUGUGCCUCUGGGAGACUCAUCUGGCCAGGAAUAACCUGGCCCACUUUCCCACCCUGAAAUCGGUUUCCAGGAACGAAAGCGACGGCCUGAACUACAUUCCCAAAAUCGUGGAGCUGAAGACAGAGUUCCAGAAAAGGCUGUCUGAUUUCAAACUCUACGAAAGUGAACUGACCCUGUUCAGCUCCCCUUUCUCCAUGAAGAUCGAGAGCGUCCAGGAAGCCCUGCAGAUGGAGGUGAUUGACCUGCAGUGCAACACAGUCCUGAAAACCAAAUACGACAAGGUUGGAAUACCGGAAUUCUAUAAAUACCUCUGGGGCAGUUACCCCAAGUACAAGACCCACUGUGCCAAGAUCCUCUCGAUGUUUGGGAGCACCUACAUUUGUGAACAGCUCUUUUCCAUUAUGAAACUGAGUAAAGCUGAGUACUGCUCCCAGCUGAAGGAUUCCCAGUGGGAUUCCGUACUGCACAUCUCAACGUGACAAAAACACACUCCCGCACAGUCCCGGGGGCUGGAAGCCUAGAAUCCUCUAGGUCCGAGGGGUUGCGAGAUGAAAACAUGUUAUUAAAUAUUUCUGGUUUUCUUUUUUUUCCAGUUUGACUCGGAAAUAUCAUUUGCAGUUAGCAUACCUGUUUGUAUGACAUUUUGUGCUUCCCCAUAGCCCAGUAAAAAAAAAAAAAAAA